AUGAUCUCGGCAGCACCGCGAUCGACGGGCCAGGCGACUCUCAUCACUGGACUGCUAGGCUCCGGCUCCGCCGGCUCCCUCCUCGCAGUGAGCCCGCAAGCUGACUGCGCCCGCCUCCAACAGAGGAUCGACCUCGAACAGCCGCUGGGGUGCACAAAAUGCGACGUUGUGACCUUCCCGUCUCUGGUCCGGAGGAUCGUCCAUGAGUUCGGCCCAACGGUCGGGAGCUACUACACCUCCGCCGACGCCCCGGUGCUCAACCGCAACAGCCUCUCCGUCUUCCUGCACCGCAACCUCGACGCCCUCCCUCUCGGCAAGUACCGCCCGCUGCACGACCCGGGGGACGCCGUCAGGCCCCUGAUCAGCCUCUUCUCCAGCCUUGCGCACUGCGGGGUCUCGCCCGAAGACUAUCUCCGAUAUGUGGAGGCCCUGGAAACGGAGAUCGCCGGUGGUGGGGAACAACAAGGAGGCGUUGCGGUCGACGACGACGCCGGGAGCGGUACACCGGCUAGGCGGGCGAGGCAGCGGGCGCAACUCGAAGCCGAAGGCUGGCGUGCGCACGUUGCCGGGGAGCGAGACAAGGCCGACGCCUACGAGGCCUUCGUGGACCUCAAGAGGCGGGAAGGGGUCGCGGACUACUCCGACCAGCUGCUAUUGGCGCGGCGGAUCCUGAGAGAAAGCGCCACGGCCAAGGCCGCGCUGUCGCUGCGCUUGUCGCACGUUUACGUGGACGACUUACAGUGGUACUCGCCCGCGAUGAUCGAUAUCCUGGCGAGUCUUGUUGCUCCGGGGGCCAGGAUUACGGCGACGGCGGACCCGCAUUUGGCGGCCAUGUCUAGCGUUGGAGUCUUUGGCGCCGAGCACACAGCCAUCGCUCGGUUCAAGAAGGCCUUUCCGGGCGCCCAGGAACUCUACCUAGCGGGCAACCACCAGAGUAGUUCUACCAUCCAGGUGGCCAUGAAGGCGCUAGAGCCUCGCGAUGCUCCGGUGGUGGCAAAGAGGAAGAACACAGCAAAGGCGGCGAAGGCGGACGCACCGGGCGUUGCUGAUUUUCUUGAAGAUACUACCACUGUUGAAAGAAGUACAUCAGCAGCAGCAGCAGCAGCAGCAGCAGCAACGGACGAGAGGCCCGCGCUUGCAACGACACCAGGAGCAGCAAGCAGAGACAGUCGGCUGACCUGCCUCACAUUUCAAACGGAGGGAGACGAGGUGAAAGCUUUGGGGAGGAGAGUCCGAGAGGUGAUCAAAGCCGGGGUGUACCCGGGUGAUAUUGGGGUGGCAGCCGUCGGAGGGGGGGGGGUUGCGGACACCUUGGUUGCGGCGCUCAGUGCAGCAGGGGUGCCGGUUGAGGCCCCCCCGCGCUUCUCGGCGGUGUUCGACAACGAGACGCCGCGGAUGCUCAUGUCUUUUCUCCGGUGCCUGGUGCACCCCUCAGAAUCGACCCCGCUGCUACACCUGCUCAUGUCUUGCCCCGCGUACGCGUUGCCCGGCGGCGAGCUGACGGCAGCCUUGGAAGGGCACCUAUCGCGGUACGUACCCUUGCGGUCGUUCCUUCGAGAUAGCUACUUGGGCGAGGGAGGGGACUCGUACCCACGAGAGGAGGGGCACGGGGUCUCGACCAGCGCGAGGACCGUCGCUGGGAAGCUCCUGUCCGACGUGGAUCGAUUUGCGGAAACGGCGAAAAGGACAGGGGUGAGGGAAGUCAUGCUCGAAUUUUUGAGGUACUCGGGGCAACUGGAGCGGCUCGAGGAGCCCACCACGAAGGAGGAAGAGCAGGAGGGGCGAGCAGUGGUGGAGUUCUUCGAGCUCACUGCGAGGGCAGAGCAACAGGCUGGGGGUGACAGGGUCACCCUCGUCGAACCGAUCCUCCGCUUGUUCCGGCGCCAUGGCACUGGGUACAUGAAACCCUCUGGGCCCCACGACGACGAGGCAGCGACGGGCGGGGAAUUCGGGGGCUCCUCUGCUGAAUACAGCGGCGCUGUCCGCGUCUUUCGACCUGGCGAGGACUGGAAAGCCGGCGAAAACCGCUCAUUCCACACCGUGUUCAUCCCGUUCUGCAGCAGAGCUCGCCUCCCCGGUAACCUUCGAACGGCGCGCUUGACGGUGCCGGGACCGUUCCGCGGCUAUCCGGAGCCGCGGGACACUGAGAGCCUACGAGCAGAGGCUGAUCUUGCACGCGCCGGCCAUGAGAACCGGGGCAGAGCGACGCUGUAUGCCGCUCUGGGCUCCGCCGGGCGGGAGGUUUGCCUCAGUGUUUCAGCCCGGGCCACUCGCGGGAAGACGCACCUAAGUCCUAGUCCGUUUCUUGCCGAGAUACUAGGGGAUGACGCCCCGCGGGAGUGGAAAACGGCGAUCGAGGCGCCGAAGGAUCAAGAGGACCGCUUACACUUUCUGGCGGACGAGGGUGCUGCUGCGCCCGGGGGCAGUAGAGACGCAGCGCCGAAUGUCGUUGAGGGGGGGUAUGCCACGGCUGCCGGGAGGCUCGAGUCCGCGUCGCCGUCGCCGGCGGCGGCGGCGCUCCGGCUGUCGUUCUCUUCCAUUUCGUCGUUCGCGGCGUGCCCGCACAGCUACUUCCUCCAGCACGUGCUCAACGUGUCCCCUCCGCCGAACCCGCGAAUGGUGUACGGCCGAGCGAUGCACGAAGGGGUUGCCGCGUUGCUGCGUGGCGUGGCGAGCGGGAGCCGGGGGGCUGGCCCGCCCCCGACCCUGGAAGCCGUCGUGCAAGACUUCAACCGACACCUGGGGGGAUGCGCGUUCGAGUCGGCGGACCAGCUGCGCACGCUGAGGGCGGCUGGCGUGGCCGGCUUGGAAUCGUUCAUGUCUAGGCUCAUCGAGGGCAGAGGCUGCGCCGCCGGUGCGGGCUCUGGUCACAACUCGCAACAGCGUCAGCUCCUCGUGGAACGCAAGUUUAUGGUGAAGAUUCCGGAGGCGAGCGUCGUGCUCUCAGGAAUAUUCGACAGGGUGGACAUCGAGGCGGCUGUCGGCGGGGGAUCUUCGCACCCUGGGUUGCUCUCCAUAACGGAUUACAAAUCGAACGUCGGCGCGAAAGUCCCAAGUCGAAUGGUCCGGAACAACCUUCAGCUCCGGAUCUACGCGCUCGCGGCCGAGCGGCUGUUUGAAACUCCACCGACCGAGAUAGCGAUAGAGUCGAUAGAGGACGGGCGUAGGGGGGUAGCGGUGCCGCUUGCGGCCGACGCGGAGAUUGCCUUGGAGACGAUUUCCGCCACGGCGACGGCGGUUCGCGCGGAGCGGUUCGAUGCCACCCCGUCUUUCCAGGCGUGCACUUUCUGCGGCUUCAAGCACAUGUGCCGGCACUCGAUCGUCGCAAGUGCAGCCCUUUAGACAUACGUGUUGAAGUAGGGGGUAAUGGCCGCGAAUUGUCCUUAGACUAUCCGUGUUAUUUGAGUCAACCUUGUGCUUCGUUGAGGAAAGACUCGCGCCGCGGGACUCUGUCCUCGUACGUGGUGUCCUACUAAACCCUUGACCUGGUCGUGCCUCUUGAGUCUCUCUUUGAUCGGUAUGCGCUUUCUCUUGUCAGGAUGCCGACGGUCUCCAUCUUUUGGUGGGGGCAUGAGAGAGUUUGUAGCAGAGAAGUUUCGUCCAUCGUGUCGAAGGGUUAGUAGAGUUAGGUCGGACUUCUAUUUCGGCGCGAUCGUUCCAAUUUCGCCAAUUCGAUACGAUGUGAUGUUAACAUCAAUUUACAUGCAUGCUCGGAUGUAUGGGCCUUGUGCCUUCUCUAGAGCACCAGGUAGCUGCAGCACGCCUACCUCGGCUAACGCUCAGCGCUUGUCUCCAGCAACAACUAUAGUGGUGGCAUCGGCAUUGAUUGAUUGAUGCUCCGCGAAGAUGCGCAUGUCGUAGUAAAGGUGUCAAGGUCCAGCGAUACCUGUCGGAGACGGUACUCCUGCUGUAUACUCCAAGCCCUGGGUUUGUUUUACUCGUUGUACUCAGUGGACGUUCAGGGGCGCUGGCCCAAUUUUGUAUGCACACAUGCUGUCACAAGCGUAGCGAAACCUAAGCUAGCUGCGGUGGUGCAGGAGACGCAGCAUACCCCAUUUUGUGCCUUAACACGCGGGGUGUACAUUUUUUCAAUUCCCCUUCAUAUGAAGUACGUAGUGCUGAUAGCGGUGCGCGCACAAUCAGAGUCUGAGGGAGAUCAGUUUUUCGUGUCUGACCAUUUACCGAACGUCGAAUACUACUACAGCAGUGGGGGCCCUCAGUAUUUUAUUGGCCAGGCUCACGGGUAGUGUCCAACAGAGAAAGGGACAACUUGAAGAUUCGAUUCGUGUCACGCGAUUCCUGUACGAGACCGGCCAGAACCACUGCCUACACAAGAUAACACCCCGGGUAAAUUCAUUUUUUGGCAGCAUGAAAUGUUUUAAGUGUGGUACCUUCGGUGACCCUGUACCUAUUUUUUUAUCAGAGAGCCACACCCAAUUGGUAUUAUUAUUAGACUUUUUUGUUUGCCCUCCGACAAUUGCAGAUAAAUGCAGACAUACAUAAAAAGUCGAUCGUAAAGGCCGUCAUGCCAAGCCAAAUUAACUCGAUGCCCAAUAGCUAGGAAUGUUUGCCUCUAAGUCAACAAAACUUUGGUCGAAACACUACAUCUCAACUCUAGGCACGAACCUUAGAUGGAGAAAAACGAACAAAACCUCAACCUCAUCCACCCGAAAUCAAACAAAACUCGGCCCCGUCUUCCCUGGUACCACCCCUGACACCGUAUUGAACAGAAAUCCGCUUUCCACCGAAGUGGUUAGGUUAAAGCUGUCGUACGCAUAUUUCGGCGCGCAAAAGUCUGUGCGGCAUUGCUGAUCGAUAUUGCCACCGGUCACACCAAGAGAGAAACAUCCGCCGUCUUGCUCUUUCUGAGGCAACCCCCACUCAAGCCCAUGUUCCCCCAGACCCCCGACACUGCCACCCCCUGUUCCUACUUCCUUGCCACCUUCAACCACAAGGGCCAAGCCCUCCCCCCUAAGCACUCCCGACACCGUAUCGAACAGAAAUCCGCUUUCCACCAAAGUGAUUAGGUUAAAGCUGUCGCACGCACAUUUCGGCGCGCAAAAGUCUGUGCGGCAUUGCUGAUCGAUAUUGCCACCGGUCACACCAAGAGAGAAACAUCCGCCGUCUUGCUCUUUCUGAGGCACCC